AUGUCAAAUAGUAAUAAUAUUAGUAGUGAUAGCGAUAAUAAUAAUAAUAAUAAUAAUAGCAGUGGUACCAAUAGCAAUAGUAAUAGCAAUAGUAAUAGUAGUUAUAAUAAAGAAGGAGAAUUAAAAUCACCAUAUGAAAUAUUAGGAAUUGAAAAAACAGAUAAUGCAUCAGAGAUUAAACAAGCCUAUAAAGUAUUAGCAUUAAAAUAUCAUCCUGACAAGAAUCCGCAUGGUGUCGAUAAAUUUCAAGAGAUUAAUAAAGCCUAUCAAAUCUUAUCGAAUCCCGAUACUAAAUUAUUCUAUGAUUCAUUUGGUUAUGAUGGUUUAAUGUUUAAUCAACUUGGUAAUAAUGUUGAUAGUAAAGGCUCAGAAUGGUUAAUAUCAAUUUCAUUUUGUGUUAUAUCCUUAAUAAUUGAUCACUUUUUUACAAUUUAUAUAGAAUGGAUAUUUGUAUCAUUAUUUAUAUUAUAUUUUUUAUUUUUAUCUAGAUCACAAUUAGAAUUAUUAUUUUUUGUGUAUGUUGGAGGUGCAAAUUUAUUAUUAUAUUUUAUAUUACCAACUAAAGCAUUACCAUUCAUAACCAAUUUCAUAAUUUAUGGUAUUGUAUUCUUAUGGCCAAAUAUUAGGAAAAAGAAUUCAUCAAUCACAGUUACUUUAUGGUUUUUUGUAAUGUUUUAUGACUCAUUGAGAGAGAUCGAUAUAAGUAGUGGUUAUCCAAUGUUUUGGAGAUUAUUAAGUUUGAAUAUUAUGAUCUUUGGUAGUAUCAUAUUGUUGUUAUUAGGAAUUUAUGUAUUCAAGAAACCAGAAACAGGUCCAUCAUUUUAUUCAUCGAUUUUGGCAUUAAUUUUCACAUCAUUAAAUAAUUCCGAAUUGGAUAUUAGCAUCUAUUUAAUAUUUUGGGGUCCAAUUUGGUUUUUAGAUUUCCUAUCAGGUAGAAGAAUCGAAUGGUUAAUUCCACCAGCUUUCUCAAUUGUAAAGUUAAUUCUAUUCCAAUCUUCACCUUUUAAAAUAGCAUUACCAUUGAUUCUUUCGGCAACUGGUGUUUACUAUUUCAUACCAUCAAGAAUCUAUCAAUUCCUAUCGAAUUAUAUCAUUCAUUUCUUAUUUCAUAUGGUAAUUUAUAAGGCAAAUUUAGCAUUAAUCAACAAUAAAGAGAAUUUAGAUAUCGAUCAAAAAUCAAAACUUUUAGUUGAGAAAACUGUUAAACAAUUCUUAACUGGUUUCAUAUUUUUAGUUAUUCAAUACUUUUUAAAUUUUUCAACUGGUGAAUGGUUAUUCAUUGGUUCCCUUAGUUUAGGUUAUUCAUUAUUAAUUAUGGCUGAAUUAUAUUUCUUUUCAUUCUCAUUAGAACAAUCAAAUGAUUCUGCAAUUCAACCUUAUUCUUCACCACCUUCGCCUUCUUCACCAAUUCAACAACAACAACAACAACAACAACAACAACAACAACAACAACAACAACAACAACAACAACAACAACCACAGCAACAACAACCCCAAUCACCUUCAAAAUCAUCUUCCUCCUCUUUUUCAUCAUCAUCAUCAUCGAGCUCGAGCACCAGUGCAUUAAUUAAAGUUUGUCAAACUUGUUUUAAAAAGAAUGUUCCUUUAAAAAAAUGCUCAAAAUGUAAAAAGGUUUAUUAUUGUUCAAAAGAAUGUCAAAUUAAAAAUUAUAAAUUCCAUUUACAAAUUUGUCAUUCUCCAAAUAUUGAAAAUAAAUAA